CAGUGCUCCGUCAUACCGGUGGCACCGGGCGCUGCCGGCACCGGGGAGCCGCGUGCGGCACGGCACGGCCAGCACCGGGGUCCCCAGCGCCGUCCCCAGCCCCCCCAGGCCGUGUCCCCGUGGUGCUGUGGCCAUCACGCGGCGAGCGGGCAUCGACCGGGAGGGCAGCAGGGGGAGCGCGGGGUGUGUGUCACACGCGUGUGGCUGUGUCACAUGCGUGUGCGGGGGGGGCAGGUUUGGGGACCCGGGCACACCGGGGUCCCUGCCCGCUUGGGGAGAGCGGGGACAGCGGGGCAAGGGGCAUUUUGCCCCCCCCGGGGUGGCAAGGGGAAGCUGCCUCUCUCUCCCCCGUGCUCGCCUCCCCCCCCACCCCUCCCUGAAAGCCUCUUGCUAAAAUAUUCAAAUGAUUUCCGCUGCGGAGCAGGAGAGGGGGAGGCAGAAAUCCCUUCUGGGGAUGAGCGAGCUGCAGAUAACGAAGCCGCUAAGUCCCCAGCCCUGCCUCCGCCUGCGUGGCCCGGCGAGGCCUGGCACGGCUCAGCACAGCUCAGCACAGCACGGCACGGCACGGCACGGCACAGCAUGGCAUGGCAUGGCACAAUUUGGCAUGGCACAAUUCAGCAUGGCACAGCACGGCACGGCACGAUUUGGCACGGCACAAUUCGGCACGGCACGGCCCUGCAUGGCCCAGCACCAUGCACCUCGGUGUCCCCAGCGUGUGCUCUGUCCCCAAGAGCCGGGUGCUCCGAGCCCCCUCUGCCUUUGAUCCUGCAGCCAAAGCCCCCGGCAGCUCCCCAAACCCCCCCCGCCGCGGCCCGGGAGCCCCCAGCACCCCCCGGCUGCGCCCCAGCACCAGGAACCAACCCAAAAGCAUCGCCCCCAGGCAGCUGGAGAGAGCCCCCCCAGCCCGCACGUGGCAUCGGGCAUCCCCAAAUCCCUGGGAUGGGGGCACCCCAGGAGCCGGUACCCCAGGACCCAUGGACGGGGCACCCCGGGGUGCUGAGGAAGGGGCACCCAGCCCUGCAGCCCCUCGCAGAGCCCACCGGGACCCACGGUGACUCGGGGAUGGUCACUGCCGGUGUCCCCCUGUCACAUCCCACCCGCGUGGGCAUCACAAACCCCCACCCCGGGGUGCCCCCAGCCGGCCACGGGGCCCUGGGCAUGGAAGGGGGCAGCUGGGGACACUCGGAUGUCCCUGCCACGUGUCCCCCCCGUGGCAGCGUUUUGGGAGAGGAGCGGGAGCAGGGACAGGGGGAGGGAGGGAGAUAAAGGGAAGGAGAGAAUGGGAGAGGCGGGGGGAGGGAUGGAGCUGGGGGGGGAAUAAAAAAGCAGAGCGGAGAUCAAAGAGGAAGGUGCCUGGAGAGAGGUGGGCGUGGGGGAAGAUCAGAGCUGGGGAAGGGGGGCAGGCAGCGGGGGGGGGGGGAGCUGCCAGCCAGCCAGCGGGGACCCACGGCCAGCCCAGGGCCACCGCGGGGGGACACGGAGCGCCCGGUGGCACCCGCAGAACGCCAAAGCGGGGUGCAGGGCCGCGUGUGCAAGCGUGGGAGGAAGCCCCCCAGCCUGCUGCAGGCACCGUCCUGUCCCCGUCCCCGUCCUGUCCCCAUCCUGUCCCCGUCCCCGCCGCUGUUUAGUCUGGCGCAGGGCGAUGCGGGGGGUGCUCGGCCCCGGCGCAGCCAGCACCGCGCGUCCCUCACCGCGCCGGGUCCUUGACAUUGCGCCAAGGAGCCCACGGAUCCCUCGCCAGGCCCCGGGGGCACGGCCGUGGGGUGCCGGGCGUGCGCACCCGGCCUGCGCCCACCCGUGGGUGCUCGGGCACGCGGGGGGCUCCCGCGGAGGGACCCGGCGGGGACGGAGCCACACGCCCGGCCCUGUCUCCCUCUAUUUAUCAAAUGAAGGUCUGAUUAAGCCCUGGGGC